GAAGUCUUAACUGUCACUAAACCGCCACUGUUUCAAGUGUGCAAUCAACACGAACGAGCCUUAAGUGUUGAGGACAGCAGAAGAGCUGUUGUUGUGGGGAAGGGAGUUGAGCUUUGACGUGAACGAGCGUUUAGUAGCACAACAUAAAUGUGACGACGUGUUGUGUGACCAGUUAGCAAUGGUGCAAGGACGAGGGGGGAGCGUCAUCAAACCAGGUGAAGCAGCUGCACCCCAACGCUAAACCGACAUAUUAUGCAAGGAUAAAAUAGGUGUAAAACCUAUCAGAGGCCUGUGUGACAAAUCCCACCGAUAAGUGGAUUUAAUCACGGGAGAUGGCGGACUUCCCUCACACCUACUGCUCUAAAUUUGGCAACAAUGAGGGUAGAGACGAGGAGGAGGAGGAGGAUAUUUAUCAAGGAGAAACUAACAUAGAACCAGACAACCAGCAACAUCAUGGGUGUAUGAUCCAUGAGCCGCACCUGCAGCUCACUCAAGUGCAAGAAGAACAGCUGCCUGAGGAGGAAACUUUUCAGAGGUGUUUCAGUGAAACGUCUAAACAGGAGACACAGCUUGGUGACAGUCUAGCACCUGUAACCCAACUGGUCAAUGAAGGGGAACACGCUGAACAAUACAUGCUAGAUGUCUCGAGUAAUAUUUCAGAGAAUCUCAGCUUUUACCUUGAUGGAAAGAUUGUGUCAACAAGUACAGUGAGUAGCUGUGAAGUGGCUGAGGUUCAUGCAGGUUCUACGGGUGUAGUUGGACUCGAUGCCCUGAUUCUUGAUCCUACCCAUAUCACCCAGGUUUUGAAUCCAGAUUCAGUAUCAGGCAAAGAGAUACAAGGUCAACUACUGGCGAAGAGAAGAACUACAACACCACCUCUUUUACCACAAAUUAAAACUGAAAUUGAGUCUGAGGUGGUGGUGUCUUCCUCCUCAUCCACACUUGUAUCCUCUUUAAUCGAGAAUCUGCUUCCCCUGAAUACCGAGUCCACAGUUGCGCAGAAGGAAAGAACAGUGUUUCUGUCUCCAAAGUUAAAGCAGAUUCUGGAAAAGCAAGAUGGCCUUAAACCUACACUUGCCCUUAUCACAGAUGGACAGACGCCUUGUUCGCCGGUCUCUCUCUCUGUCCUGCCUACUGGAACAGGAAAGUUCAAGAGAAGGACCGGAUCUCCAUCAGGCUCUCCUCAAAACUUAGCAUCGGAGGAAAUGCCUACACCUGACACAGGUAAUUUUGUUGCUGUAAUUGAAGGACAUAUGGAGACAGAGAAUAUGUCACCUGUGCAACUAACAGCCAGUGAAAAAGAUGACCCAAAAGCAACUGUGGAGAUGCCGGUGGUAAAACCUGUCUUAACCGAGCACUGGCCACCCAUGACUGGUGGUAAUUCCUGUAAUCAACAACCACUGGAUCUCUCAAAUACAGUUAAGAGAAAUAGUGAUUUAGCUUUAGCUGAUGCCGUGCUGGAUUUGAGUUUGCAAAAAAAGAGCCUUGAUGAAUCUGAAUUGACCUUAAAUUUGUUUUCACAGGCAGUUUUGAAAGAAGGACCAUCAAUUAAGUGCGUGGUGGAUAAACCCUUUAUGAAUGUUGGAGAGCAAAAUGUCAGCUUAGGGAAUCCUGAAGCUCCUUUACUUACAGAUUUUACCAUUGUCACAGGUCCAGAUAUAAUGACCCCAGUGGAACCUGUUGCAGAUGGUCUUGUUUAUGGGCUUGCUCUACCCCCCAAUUCUCUAACCCCCUCAUCUGCCUCACUUACUCCUGUAACCUUGCAGUCGGCUUCACCGUGCACUAUAGCAUUUGCUUCCCCAGCCCCACACACCAUGCUCUCUUCUACUCCUUCAUUAAUCACAGUUUUAGCACCAACACCACCUAUUACAAACCCUUCAAGUCAACCAAUCCAGGUAUUGUCCCCAAAUAUAACACCCGAGAACUUAGUAAUCUGCACAGAUAAUGCAUUGACUUCUUCAGAGUGUGAUUUAGCUGCUGCAUUUGCAACUGCAAAUUCUUCAAAUCUUGUGACUCUCUCCCAACCCCUUGACUCGGCUUUGAAUUUACCUAGCCAUGUGUUUCUCACUGAUCAAAUUGCUCUCAAUCCGCCUAUAGGUGAAUCCUCUGCCAUGUCAGAGGUACCAUUCACACCUGCUGUAAACUUAAACGACUCUCUCAUCAACUCGUAUAACAUUACCAGUAACACAGUGUUGAUAGAGUGCACAAUAGCUCUUGAAACUCCAGGUAGUGUAGUCCCCUCGGCAACUCCCUUACAAGAAAACACUUUUGAUGCUCCGCUACCUACACAGAUGGUUGUUAAUCACAUUGAGCAGCAACAAAUUGUAUCGGUGCCCAACACUGAAAUUGUGGAUCCUACUAUUCUUGUGUCCUCCAUUGCAGAGUCCGUAACUCUGUCCACCGCGACUUCAGUGGUAUCUGGUUGUCCACCUGUGACUGAAUUGAGUCCCAGCCCAGUUGUUAAUGCAGAGCCACCGACCAUAAAAGAGGAGGAACCGACUGACUAUGCUGUUUCCAAACCUGAAAUGCCAUGUAAAACCCCACCCCUCUCUGAGAAGGCUGAAGAGGACAAGUCCUUAAAUGACGCAUUAAGUGAUGAACAGCAGAGUUUUGCGAAGAAUUUCAUCUGCAAUGUGUGUGAUAAGCUCUUUCAUUCAAUGAAAGAACUCGGCCAUCAUGUAGGUGACCACGCUGCUAGAUGGCCCUACAAAUGUGAAUUCUGCGUGCUGCUCUUUGGGAAGCCCUCCGCUCUGCUUGAACAUCGAUCGGCCCUCCAUGGCGUUGGCAAGACGUACGUUUGCAGCGCAUGUACAAAAGAAUUUGUCUACCUCUGCAAUCUGAAACAGCAUCAGGAGGAAUUGCAUCCUGGCCAGCAGUGUACAUACACAGAAGAAGAGAAGGGAAAACUAAGACCCCAGAACUACAACAACUCACCAAAGGUUCUUGAGGAGCCUUCAGUGCCACUUGUUCUAGAGGAACCAAAGAAACCGGUGAAAAAGGAGGAAAGUGAAGUUGAUGUAGCUGCCGAGGAGCUGCUUACAACAAUAAAAAUCAUGGCCUCAGAUGGGGGGAAUAUCAAAGGACCCAAUGUUCGUCUGGGCAUUAACCAACACUAUCCCAGCUUCAAGCCACCCCCAUUUCCCUACCAUAACAGAUCACCUGCAGGCUCCAUGGCUUCAGCAACAAACUUCACCACUCAUAACAUCCCACAAACCUUCAGUACAGCUAUUCGGUGCACGAAGUGUGGAAAGAGCUUUGACAAUAUGCCAGAGCUGCACAAGCAUAUUUUGGCAUGUGCAAAUGCCAGCGAUAAAAGGCGAUACACACCUAAGAAGAAUCCCAUCCCUCUAAGGCACUUUGCAAAAACUCAGAAUGGAGUGCUGUCGACUACGAAUUCCACUAUUGGACUUAAUGCGUCGAAUAGAGCAAGCCAAUCAAACCGGUCCAAACCUAACCCCGACUCUGCAGUAAAAAUGAAAUUCAAAGUACUGAACAAAAGGAAGAAAAGGUUGGUCCAGAGGGUUAUGCCACAGAGACACAAGUCAGUCUCUUCGUCAAAUAAAUCCUCAUCCACACAGGUGGGUGAACAGCAUGAGAUAUUUGUCUGCCCACACUGUAGCAGGGAGUUCACAAUGCGUCGCUGCAGAACCAAACACAUGGCAGUGUGCCCCAAGAAAUCGAAAGAGGUGAAGAAAAGAAGAGAAGGGGGUAUCUCUGUAACAAAGGAAAACGAUAGACACCUGCACAGUGGCAUCACGUGUGUUGAAGAGAAGAGGCAACAGGCAUCACCUCAGCAUAAAACACGAUUCCAGACUUCUGGCCUCACUAAGAGGCCUGCUAUUCUCCCUGUGCAGACUGUCUUUUCCAACAAAAGAAGCAAAAUAGUCAUAAAGGAGAGCAUGCAGCCAAAACAAGAGACCCCAACCCUGAAUGAACUUCCUCUUGUACGAACUUUCAAACCUUCCAUGCGCCAGUAUAGUAGAGUGCAGAAUGGUGUUAAAGGAUUUCCCCUUAAAAUUACCAUAGUGAAACCACAGCCGACUGCACCACAGAAGGAAGAGCUGCUCCCCACCCAGAGUCAAGAAGAUGCAGCUGGAGACAUAUCCAGCAACACUGAACAAAGAGCUACAACAUGAAGACUCGCCCACGGCCACUACACGAUCAGCAGGUAGUAAGUAAUGGCACAAUUUAAAUAAAAUCUGGGGGGGCACAAAUAAAUUAUUUGUGGCCUUUUUUUUUGUGUCAGUAAUUAUAUAAAUACUUACACAACUCAUCUACUUUCUCCGCAAUUUUGUCAUCCUUCUUUGUUGGUUUAUGCAUCAGGUUUAUGUGUGAGGAGCCGUUCUUCAUCCCUUGUGCAGUAAGCUUCAACUUGUUCAGGCUGCUGCUGCUGUAGAAACAUGGAUGGCCUCUUUAAAACAACUUAUUCUGAGGCAACGCAAACAAAAUCAUUUUUAUUUUAAAGCGAUUAUACCCUGCAUACAUACAACUAAAAAGUGACUUUUCGGGAGUACCGUUGUGUAAUCACACUGAAUUUCUGCCUCAGCAAAAUGAAAGAUGUUUUAUUAUAAAAGAUGUAGUUAUUUGGGUGGUUUUUUUUAUGGUUCGUCUAUUGAUAUUUAUGUUUUGACUGUUUUCUUGUGUUGUGUGCUGGGCUUAGUGAUCACGUGCUGUGUAUGUAGGAGAUACUGUAAAUUACAAGAUCACCUUUAAUGCACAAAAUUAAGUCACAAUCAUGGUGAGUGUUGUGAUGUGUGUGUGUGUGUGUGUUUUUGUCACUUUCAGGACCCUGCUGUAUGGAAAUCCUCACACAUCCUCAGUCCUACUAAAGGGAGAUAACUGCUAUUCACAGUGUAAACCACGUAGAUCGUAUUUUACCGUAGUAUAAACGGCCGAACAUAUAACGGAUAAAACAGAUGUCCCAGGCUCCUGCUGUGAGUGAACGUGUUUAAUUUGAGGAUUUGCUAGCUGUUAUAGUAGCUUGAAGUUUUGUUUAUAUUUCCUUUUCUGUAAAACUUUGUGUUAACAGCUUGGAUUUGUACUUUUGAAGUUGAUCUGACCGCUUCAUGUUGCAAAUGUGUGUUGUUUUGAGAGGAUAGUAGGUGGCAAUCAUUUUCAGCAUGCAUUUGCACUUUUCCUUAUCUGUCGUCUGUGGCCUUUUUGGUUAAAACUCUUACUGCAUGCUGUGAGCUCGUAUAGCGGCUAAAUUAAUUUGGAAUUGAUUUUGUUGAUGUAAUUUGGCCUUAAACACUGAGUGUUGCUCUGAUAUGGCAGAGAAUAGUAAGUGUAAUUGCAUCAAAUACGUGCAUAAGUUUGUUUCUGAACACAUGACUAGAGAAUCAUAGAAAAGUAACAUGCUCUAUAGUAAAGCAUGGUCACAAGCUACCUGAUUAAAUUCCUGUAGAACAGAAGCACUGUUGAUCACUGUUCAGGAAGUUGAUGUGUAGAUUAUUGUAUGAAUGUAAGUUGUAGAUUUAAUGCUAUGGCCUUCUCGAAUCAAAUUCUUCAUUAUCUUGCUUGGCCUAGUUUCUUUGUUAUUUAUUUGAAGGGUUUGAAAAAUAAUGCUGGUUAUGUCCCAUGAAAUGUAAAUGAUGGCAUAAUCGUGAUGAAGCAUGAGCAGGUCAGUUGGUUAAAUUGAUUUCCCCAUAAAGAACUUAUUUAGGUGGUGCAAUAAAAAUAGAUUCACCUCCGUUUUACGCAGAUUUGUGUGUUUAUUUCUUCACACGUUUGUGGGAGCAGCUGAAAAUGCAGAUUAUUCAAGAUAUUUUCCAUUUUCAUGGACAUUGAAAAUAAAUUCUGAACUUUGGGGGAAAAAACUGCAAUUUGAUGUGUUAGCAUUUCGAUUAUCAAACAGAAGUAAUUAAAAGUAUUUAACAGUUUGGUCUAUCAAUGCUGCUUCCAUAAGAAGUUUUCCGACACGGUUAAAACCAGCAUUAAGUUUACUUUUAGGCUUUACGUUGCACUUCCUAUACAUAUCCCCUUAAAUAUAUGAUUGUGCAGAUUUGUUUUUCCCCCAUUCAAAGAAAUAUUAAUCUUAGAAGUGCAGUCUUGAGGUCUUUGCCACCUAUCACAUAUCGCAUACGUGCACUUCAUCACUGUGUAUACAUAUAUAUAUAAUCUAUAUGAGUUGUCAACAGUGUGUGAAUUAUGUUUACUGUAUUCCUAUGUUUAUAAAUCACAACAACAAAUGAGAGAUCAGUGAUGGGGUUAUUUUGUUUUUUUGCUAAAUCCAUGUUUAUAUGCAUAUUAAAAUGUGUUGAGAGACGUUUGCCACAAAGAAUAAGUAAUGCAUUGUAUCUAUUUAAUUUUUUAAGCUACUGGUUUAAAGGUGCAUUGAUAUACAGGGUAAUUAUCAUUAUGACUGAACGGGGUUAUGUUUAUUUGGAUAAACUAAAAUUUGACAACUGUCUGUAUCUGAAAGGGUAAUUUACAUCUAUGUUGUGUUCAUGCCUUUCCAAGCUUCUGGUAACCUUUGUUUCAGAUACACUGUAAAGUGCUGGAUGAACAGGAUGGUCUGGGAGACUGUGAUUUAACUGUGAAAAGUGCUGUAGCAUUUCAAAGUAGGGAUUGAGUCAUGUAUAUUUAUUAAUAAUUUAAAAUCACAUUAUCAAUAUUUUGAAUGGUUACUUUGUAUAAUUUGCACUUUUCUCCCCUCCCCCACCAAGGGUGUGUCCAAAAAUAAAGUGAGAAUAUUAAGGUUGUAUGUGUGAUUUGUGUAAAGCUUUCCUUAAUAAAUCUGUACUAGUAAUAAUAA